CUAAUCACUCACCUGUCUUCUUGAAUGCACUUGGGACCGGAGGUGGUCGAUGACUUCGACCAGGUGAGCCGGGUGUACCUACUGGCGUGCUAAACAGAGGCAUCUGAACACGCUCCAUUCCUAGCGUAUGAUGGCCUACAACGGUCUCGUACCGUACUAUGGAGGUAACGAUCCGAAUCGUUCGACGCGUCGGAGACGCGCCCCCACCCCUCAGCCUGAGAUUACGCCGCCUGCAAUGUCAAAGGCCUUGAACGAGGCAUUAGCACUGGCCAAGACCGCGCAGGGCAGCGCCGACCUGCUACACGAAGCACUGGUCAACGCGGAGGGCCCGCAGGAACUGCUUAGGGGUAUCAUCCCGGUCCGUCAUUUACCUUUUCAUAUACGCGACUAUAUACGCAUCUCAUCACGCCACUCGUCCCCGUGUCUGCAGGAGUUCCGGAAUGGCUGUCGCGCCUCGCUGAACAUCACUGACGAGCAGAUCUCAUGGCUUUCCAAUGUGAUACGGUCCCGCGAUUCUUCUCCAGUGCUCGCGACGGCAUUGAAGGAGCUUGAAGCAGUGCAUACCGAGCUGCUCGAUGUUCUCCGGCUGUAUGACGGACUGGAGCGAGCAGGGUCGGAUCGUGUGGCUCAAGAGCGCGUGAAGAACAACUAUACGGUUCAUAGCUCAGUCUUCCUCUGUAUAUCCAUGAAAGUCUCAAUGACGCCUGCAGAUACGCCGCUUAACGAGCGGUACCGGGCGCGCGAAUGGUACCGGGAGCGGACAAGCAAGUAGCUCCAACGGACCAGCCCAGGCGCCCUCACCUUCGAACGACGAGAGGGUUCGGCGCGUGUCAAGCA